GUGACAUUCAUUUGAGUGCAUCCAAAUAUCAAUCGGUCCGCCUUAGACACCCCCUCCACUCAGACACACACUCCCACCACCGAAGUGCUAGUUAAUUCAGACCUCUGCUUCCUCAUCCGGCCCAUCACUUGAGUGUCAUUCAUGGCUCCUCCCUCUCCCUGCCCCUCCCCGUCCUCCUCUCUCUGUCUUUGUCUUUGUCCAUCCGGUUGAUCAUCUCACAUCGGUCACCACCAUCGAGCAGCAGUCACGUGGAGGGACACACAGUCAGGACACACCAUACUCUAGCACCAUUCCUCUGUUGAUGACGUCGUUCUCGAGGCUGAAGUGCUGCAGCACGGCACCCCAGCGGGGCAUCGAUAUGGGGUAGCGGUCGUCGAGCGGCUGAGACCGAUCGGCAUUCUCAUGUCGCUCGGUCGUCGACAGGUCGAUGACACCCAAACCAGCACACACAGACCGGCCGACGAACAGUUGGGCAGCGAUGGUCUCGUUCGGCCGGAAGCCGCUCACAGUCACAAAACGAUAGUCGAUUGGGUGGGCAUAAUUCAGGUUGCCGUUGUCGAAGCGGUAGUCCACAGCGAUCCCCUGCUGCUCGCUGAUGGGCUCAGUCAGCAGACAGCGAUAGCGGGGAUCAUUGUCGUUGAUGCAUGCAGUCAGCACCCACCUAUGGCCCACCCCCGCCUCACGGUGCCACAGCGUGAGCAGCAUGCUCAGCAGGAGUGAGGAGAAUGAGCGGUAGAGGUAGUCGGCCUGGCGCAUCACGGGAUCGGUCGUCUGGUAGCCGCUGCGAUAGGGAUUGCCGGCCGGCAGGUCACUCAACGCCACCACACGGAGCGACUGAUUGUCGAUCCGAUAGACACCGUUGCCGGCUUGCUGCAGCGCCAGGCUCUGUCCGUGGUAGGUGAGCAAGUGGCCGAACAGCCGAUAGAUGGCCAUGGCGAGCGGCAGCUGGUGGAAAGAUGUUGGGGAGGGCAGCGCAUCAGCCGACAGCCGCAGGGGCAGAGGGGCAUUGGGUGUGAGCCGAUAGAUGGCGGCCAGCCGAAUGAACCGCCCCAUCGCCCGCCACUCGGCGCCACUGCCCUGCUCCAGCAGAUGCACCACCUUCAAGCCGUCCUCCAGACCACCGACGUCGAAGACCAGGACAUCUUCGAGCCCCAGACGACCGAUGGCCUCCUGUAUGCGCACCUCGACGAGUGUGAGCGCGGCGCUGGCCUUGGCCUGCGGCAAUCUGUCGAUGCAUUGACGAAGCAUGGCGCGUCUGUCGGAGUGCGGUGACAUGGCCAUGUCUGCCGCCCUGGUGAUGGCAAGGUCGGGCAGAGAGGGGACUGCCGCAGGGGCGGCGGGGGGCUGGGGAGUGUUGGGGGGCAUCGGAUGCGACGACGCCAUCGGUGAGUGAGUGAGAGAUCUGAAUGAAUCAAAAGAGGAAGGACACACCAACGAGUGAAUGGCAAUCAGUCAGUCAGACGACAGCCAGGGGAGGGCAAGAUGCUCUGCUCACCUCAGACAGACACUGUCACAGCAGAGAGGCGGGGGGAGUGAGCCGUGGUGAAGGAGUGACUCUGCAGACGCACAGCACAACCGCAUGCAGCACCCGCCAGACUGACUGACCCGCCGCUCUGCCUCACCGAUGUCAGUCGAUGCGAUGACGAGUGAGCGUCAUCCAUUGCUCCGUCCUGACCAUACGUGCAACAGACUGACAGACAGAGACCGGUCUGCACAGCAGACCGUGGGAGAUUCAUAUGUCGUAUCUCCCUCACCCGAUGCAGCAUUCACAUCCCAUUCAUGACGAUUCAUAUGUUCUUCUUUCCAUUCUUCUUUCCACAUUCGUCUUCUUUCCUUUCCCCUUCUCUUU